AUGUUCACUCCAGAUAUUUCGAACGAAAAACCAUUAUAUUCUGACGUAGUUGCUAUUCCCAGAUACGUGGCAAUGCAAAGUCAGCUAUCAUCUUCAUCUACCGAAACUACAGACAGUGAAAAUGAUCAUUCUCUGAAUGAACUAGAGCUUCCAAAUACAAGUCAUUUGGGAAAAGAAACAUUUAAAAUCGAUCGUCGCAAACUCGAAACAAUGAUCCAGUCACCAAGUCAAACCAUUGGUUUGGUUAAUGAAGCAGAGCAUUUCUUCGAUAAAAUCAUGAAAACUACAGACACCUUCAUUUCAUGGCCAAGAAACUUAAGGAUUGGAGCUAGAACAAGAAAGGAUCCAUUUAUUAACAUUGUUGGCAGACCUAAUGACAUAAACUGGGCUAAGGGGCUUAUUCUAGCUAGCUUGGCUACCAGAGGUCCACUAUUAAAAAUGAAAAUAAUUAUUGCUGAUACUGAUCAUGCACAUAUCAUUGGUCGGAAUGGAAUCAAUGUCAAGGGCAUCAUGGAUCAAACGGACACUCAUAUUCAUUUUCCCGAUUCAAAUCGUCGAACUGUGACUGAGAAAAGGCAUCAAGUAUCGAUUUAUGGAACACUGGAGAGUAUUGAACAGGCCAGAACUUACCUCCGUUCAUCAACCCCGCUGGUGAUGUCCUUCGAGCUGCCAUUUGGACUACCGCAACCAAAAACUGACUUACCAGAUAUCAAGCAAGUGGAAGCAGAUUUUGGGGUAAAAAUAAUCUUCAUGGCAAUCCCGAAUAAAAGUUCCUAUUUUGCCAUCAUCAAAGGCACCGAAGAAGGCGUAGAUAAGCUAAAAGAAGCUGUAAAAAUGUUUGUCAGAGCAACUUGUGGUUCCAGAGCAGAAUAUACAUUAUCCAACAUAAAGUUGGAGGUUUCAAAACACCUCUUUGAUUUGUCAAGAGAAGAAAAUGCUAUAAACCUGUUUGAACUGCAGAAAAAGACCGGGACACUUAUUUCAUUUCCGGACUCCAAUGAUGAUGGACAAAAGAUCACAAUAACAGGACCAAUCGAAGGUAUCUACGAGGCAAAGAAUCAAAUAAUCUCACAACUUCCAAUCGAGUUGACAUUUGAUAUUAUUGACAACCCAUUCUACACUCCUGAAAUUAUGAGCCUUGGAAUGAAAUACGGAAUAUCAAUAAGCAUGCAACACAAGGAAAAGGAUAAUACUGUUGCAAUCACAAUGAAAUCGGAGGAAAAAAUUAUCUCCCACAUAUUCGAAGCUCAUCAAGAAAUAGCCGAAAUGCAGAACACUUCUCGUGAUGAGACCGAAUUCCCUAAAGCCUAUUUCCUUGUCGAGCCAUCCUAUAGAAAAGCAUUGGAAAACAAUAUCAACAGUGAUCUAAAUAAAUAUGAGGAAAUCUCAAGGAAAAUAUGGGCCCCCCUUGAACCAAAUACAGAGAGCAAUUUCUUGCAUGUUCAACCAUCAGCCGUCGAUUCUGGCAUAAGUUCAUUAUAUUAUAACUUGGAUAACAAUACUCGUGAACUAUUUGAACAAAAUAUUGAAGCCCUUCCACCAGCAUCAUUUUCACCAGGAGCAACAUGCAGCAGUGACGAUAGCUCUCAAGGAAGCGAUUGGUCAUUAAUGAGAGAAGUUCAUAAUGAUAAUCAACAUUAUGAGUGUGAUUUUGAUUCAGAAGAUAUGGAAGUUGCUUUUAUUUUUAUGGCAUCUACUAAAAAUAUUACCCCAGUUUACCCUAAUGCCCCAGGAGCUGAGAGGGUUUGCAGAAGAUAA